AUGAAAAUCAUUACUGCCCUUGCCCUUACCUUUGCUUUGACAGCAACCACAGUUCAAGCUGGUCCUAUUGGACUUGUUGAUCAGAUCUCUAACUUUGGAUUUAGCCAAGGAGACGAACUUCGCCUCAUUCAAUACGGUGAUGACCAGCCCGCCAAAUGGAUGAAGGAGAGCGAAAUUUUGGAAAUGUUCCGUCUCGGUAUCAAGUACAUGGAUAUCACUGACUAUCAAGAUGCUUAUGAUGAUAUCAAGAUUGCUGGUAGCUGGAAGCCAUGGCUGCGUGAGCACAUAGCGUCAUAUAGCUCCGAAUGGGUCAUCCCUGCCAAAGCUCGUUUUGCUGAUGAGGUUGAGCCAUUCAUUGGCAAUUUGACCACCACUACCAUGGAAAUUGCCCUCACUAAGCUGACAAGCUUCAAGAACCGUUAUUACAAAUCCAGAUGGGGCGCUGAAUCUUGCAGAUGGCUCAUCCAAUCUAUUCGCGACCUUUCCGAAGGUGUUGAGGGUGUGACUGUAAAGGAAUUUGAGCACACAUGGGACCAAUUCUCCAUCAUUGCUCGCUUUGAAGGCUCUAAUCCAGAUUUGAAGGACGAAUUGGUUAUUGUUGGAGCUCACCAGGACUCUGUCAACUUGUGGCUUCCUAGCUUUGGAACUGCCCCUGGUGCCGAUGACGAUGGCAGUGGCACAGUCACUAUCCUUGAAGCUUUCAGAUCUCUUGUCGACAACGGCUUCAAGCCCGAGAGACCUGUAGAGUUCCACUGGUACUCUGCUGAAGAAGCUGGACUUUUGGGCUCCCAAGCUGUCGCUGCUGAGUAUAAGAAGCAAGGCAAGCGGGUAGUUGCCAUGCUCCAGAAUGAUAUGACUGGAUAUAUUGGUUCUAACGGUGAAGUUAUUGGUGUUGUCUCCGAUCACGUCGACCCUGAAUUGACCGACUUCUUGAAGACGCUUGUUGAUACCUAUGCUGCCAUUCCUUAUGCUGACACCAAGUGCGGAUAUGCAUGCUCUGACCACGCCAGUUGGGCUAAGCAAGGUUUCCCUAGUGCAUUUACCAUUGAAAGCGCUUUCGAAGAUAGUAACAAGGCUAUUCACACUACUGGCGAUGUGAUCUCACGCCUUUCCUUCAACCACAUGAAGGAAUUCGCCAAGGUUGCCACUGGUUUUGCUGUCGAACUUUCUCACGAGAGAUCCGAGUAA